CCCUCUCAUUUUCACUGCACUUGCAUUAUUGCACUAAAAAAUCUUACCAUUUUGGCAGCGAUUGCAAAUCCGCAAUGCAACUUGGGCAAGCUCCGGUGGACUUUCGUCGUCAGCCGUGAUCCCUGCGGACUUGAAGAUGAUAAACCUCCUUUUGUUCAUCUGUCUUCUCCUGGGACUAGGAGGGUCGUUGGAGAAGUCUACAUCCUAUGCUGGUUCUGGCCCUCACAUUGCAGAUGUUAAUAUACUCUUGCCACCGAAAAUGACUUACCCUGUGGUGUACAGGCUACAAGGAAGCGAUGGUUGCUUCAAAUGGUCAUGGGAUCAUCAUGAUAUUUUAUCUGUUGUACCUGAAUACAAUUCAAGCAGCCAUUGCUCAACCAGUGCAAGCCUGAGAUCAAUUGCCCCAUAUAGUGGUCGAAAGGAGACUGCUGUUUAUGCUGCAGAUGUGCAUACUGGAAUUAUGAUUCGAUGCAAAGUCUUCAUUGACAAUAUAUCCAGAAUCCAGAUAUUUCAUAAUUCCAUUAAGCUUGAUUUAGAUGGGCUUGCCACACUUCGUGUCCGUGCCUUUGAUAGUGAAGAAAAUGUAUUUUCUUCGUUGGUUGGCUUACAGUUCAUGUGGCGCCUCAUUCCUGAAGCCAAUAAACUGCCUCAUCACCUUGUCAAUGUUCCUCUAAAGGAUUCCCCCCUUAGUGAUUGUGGAGGACUCUGUGGGGACCUAGAUAUACAAAUAAAACUUGAGGACAAUGGUGUAUUUUCUGAUAUAUUUGUGGUGAAGGGAAAUGAGAUUGGCCACGAGAAUGUUUCAGUGCAAUUGAUUGAGCCACAGUUUAAGAAUUUGGCUGAUCAGAUUGUUCUAACUGUGGCAGAAGCUAUGUCACUGGAUCCUCCUUCACCAGUUUUUGUUCUUAUUGGUGCUCUAAUUCCCUAUACCCUUAAAGUCAUCCGUGGAAAUGUUCCUCAAGUGGUCAUUUUACCUUCAGCACAUCAUAUCUGGUCAGUGUCAAAUACAUCGAUUGCUGAGGUUGACACUAUGAUGGGGUUAGUACGUGCGCAAAACUUGGGAAUGACCACUGUCAUUGCUGAAGAUACAAGAGUUGCUGGUCAUGUACAAGUGUCUUCGCUGAAUGUGGUCCUGCCAGAUUCUCUGUGUUUAUAUAUAACACCUUUAUCUAGUUCUGGUCACCUUGUUGAAGGAAUUAAUCCCAUUCCUUCAAUGGUCCGUUGGUACGUUAUAUCUGGUCAUCAAUAUCUCAUCCAGAUGAAGGUUUUUGCUCAUGGUCCUGAUGCACAAGAGAUUUAUAUUACAGAGAAUGAUGAUGUUAAGAUAUAUGAUGAUCAGUCUGAUUAUGGGAAGACAUUUUGGGUUUUGAAUGGUAUUGCUGUCGAACAUGGUUGGCGAAAUUCUAAGGUGUUGAAAGCAUAUUCACCAGGACUUGGAAAGUUGACAGCUUCUUUGAGCUAUCUUAAUGGGCAUGUUGACAGUAAGGAGGUUAUCAAGGUUGUGCAGGAGAUCAUGGUUUGUGAUCAAGUAAGGGUCAGGUUGAGUGGUGAAAGUGAUCAGCCACGAAGCAUCCUUCUGCCCUGGGUCCCUUCUGUUUAUCAGGAAGUGGAGCUGAAGGCUAUAGGAGGUUGUGCAGAAGCUGCCAGUGACUAUAAAUGGUUGUCUACAGACACAUCUAUUGUAUCUGUGUCAGCUGUUGGUGUUGUCCAGGCCAGAAAGCCUGGUAAAGCUACUAUUAAGGUGCUAUCCAUAUAUGAUUCGUUAAAUUAUGAUGAGGUGGUUGUUGAUGUUACGGUCCCAUCUGCUAUGGUUAUGGUUCAUAAUUUUCCUGUGGAAACUGUUGUUGGAUCGCAUCUUCAAGCUGCUGUCACAAUGAAAGCAUCAAACGGUGCCUAUUUUACUAGAUGUGAUGCCUUUAGUUCUUUGAUAAAGUGGAAGGCUGGAAGUGAGUCCUUUGUCAUUGUCAAUGCAAUUCAGGAGUUGCCAUACUCGGAAACAUUGGGAAAUAAUCAGCUGCUUUCAACCACUGAUUACUUUCCAUGUUCCUGGGUCCAUAUUUAUGCUUCAAGUCCUGGUCAAGCGAUGAUACAUGCCACAUUCUCUAAAGAAUAUCCCCAGUUUGACCACUCUUUCCACGGACCUAUUGUCUUUAAGGCAUCUUUACGUGUUGUGGCAUAUCUACCUCUUGUUGUAUAUCAGGCAAGUGAUGGGAACCGAUUUGGUGGUUACUGGUAUGAUGUGGCUCAAGAAGAAGCUAAUAAGCAGCUAGAUAACUUAGAGAAGUUAUAUCUUGUGCCUGGAUCAAAUUUAGAUAUAUCGUUAAGUGGUGGACCUGAGCCAUGGGGCAAAAAUGUUGACUUCCUUGAAGAUGUGGAAGUUUUGAAUGAAGGUGAUGCUCUGACUGAAGCUGGAGUUCUUGUGCAUCGGGUAUCUGCCAGAAGGAGUUUAUACCGGGUUUUUUGUCAAACACUGGGAACUUAUAAACUUCUUUUUAGACGUGGGAAUUUGGUAGGGGAUGACCAUCCUCUUCCUUCUGUGUCUGAAGCUUGGCUGUCAGUUACAUGCAGCAUUCCUUCUUCGAUUGUGCUUAUAGCUGAUGAACCAGUGAAUGAGCGUGAUGUUAUUAGAGCAGCAAUUCUAGCUGAUCGUAGUUCAGAGAAAUUGCGUGAUGUGCCUAUUACUGUGGCAAAUGGGCACACUAUUCGGCUAUCUGCUGUUGGAAUCGAUGAUUCAGGGGAACCUUUUGCAAACUCAUCUUCUCUCAGUUUGAGUUGGGGGCUUAACAGUUGUGAUGGACUAGCAUUAUGGGAUGAUGCUUAUGAUAUAGUGGAGCCCAACAGUUGGGAGAGAUUUUUGGUCUUGCAAAAUGAAUCAGGACUGUGCAUUGUUCGUGCAACUGUCACUGGCUUUCAUGAUAGGUUGCAAAGUAAAACCUUUCAUCAUUCUCCUGAAUCUGAAAUUAUUCUGACAGAUGCAGUUCGUCUACAGCUUGUUUCUAGCCUACGAAUUGAUCCAGAGUUCAGCUUGCUUUAUUUCAAUCCUGAUGCCAAGAUAAAUUUGUCAAUUACUGGUGGAAGCUGUUUCUUGGAAGCUGUUACAAAUGAUUCUCAAGUGGUAGAACUUAUCCAACCUCCAUCAGGAUUACAAUGCUUACAACUAAUUUUGUCCCCUAGAGGAUUGGGGAUAGCUAAUCUGACUUUGUUUGACAUUGGGUUAACACCUCCACUCACAGCUUCUGCACUUGUCCAAGUUGCAGAUAUAGAGUGGAUUAAAAUUAUAUCAGGAGAUAAGAUUAGCCUAAUGGAAGGAAGUUUACAGACAGUUGACCUAUUGGUUGGUACUAAUGAUGGAAGGAGUUUUCAUGGCUCUCAGAUUGCUUACAUGAAAAUUAGGGUACACAUUGAGGAUCAUAUAAUUGACCUCAUGGAUGAUGGUGAUUUCUCAAGUCUUGUUGAUGGGUAUGUUUCGGCAGCAAGUUUUAAAAUCCAGGGAAGACUUCUUGGAAUAACAUCCCUUUAUGUCAGUUCCGUUCAGCAUUCUGGACAUGAGAUACAGAGCCAAGCUGUUAAAGUGGAAGUCUAUGCAACACCAAGAAUCCACCCUCAUAAUAUAUUCCUCUUACCUGGUGCUUCUUAUGUGGUUACCAUGAAAGGAGGCCCAACCCUUGGUGUACAUGUUGAAUUUGCAAUUGAGGAUGAUAAAAUUGCAAGUAUCAAUCGAUAUUCUGGACGGCUCUCAGCAAUUUCAACAGGGAACACUACAGUUCUUGCCAGAGUCUUUAUCAAUGAUAAUACUGUGAUUUGUGAAGCACAUGGCAAUCUAAGAGUGGGAGUUCCAUCUACUGUUAUGUUGCGUUCACAAAGUGAACAACUUGGAGUUGGCCGUGAAUUGCCAAUUUAUCCAUCCUUUCUUGAGGGAGAUCUGCUUUCUUUCUAUGAGCUCUGUAAAAAUUACCAUUGGACUGUAGAAGAUGACAAGGUACUGAGUUUCACGGGAACAGAGAGUUUUCAAGGGGAGGAGUAUAGCACCCAGUUGGCUGCUUCAGAAGAAAGUCGAGCUGGUAUUUCUUCAGAUGACAUUGAGCUUGGCUUUAUUAAAGUCUUGUAUGGAAGAUCUGCAGGGAAGUCCACUGUUGCUGUGUCAUUCUCAUGUGAAUUUCCAACUUCUGGAUCAAAGAUGCAGUCAAGGUUUUACAGUUCAUCUUUAUCAAUCAAUGUGGUGCCUGAUCUUCCCUUGGCUAUGGGAUUUCCGAUAACCUGGAUCCUUCCUCCCCACUAUACAUCCACAAAUCUUUUGCCUUCAUCUUUCGAAAGUUAUACACAACUAGAUAGUCAGAGUCACCAAGGAAUUAUCAACUAUUCUUUACUGAGAAAUUUUGGGGAGAGAAGUGAAGCGCUACAGAAAGAUUCCAUUUUCAUUGAGGGAGAUAGAAUAAAGACAACUGCAAGUAAUAAUCUAGCAUGCAUUCAAGCGAAAGAUCGCACCACAGGAAGAACAGAGAUUGCUUCAUGUGUUAAGGUUGCUGAGGUGGCUCAAAUCAGAAUAACCAGUAAGGAGGUUUCACAUCGUGUUAUUGACCUUGCUGUUGGUGCUGAAGUUGAAAUUCCAACAAGCUGUUAUGAUGCUCUAGGAAAUCCUUUCUACGAAGCAUAUGAUGCAGUUUCCUUUCAUGGUGAUACUAACUACCCUGAUGUUGUCCGCAUAAACUUUUCAAAUCAUGUAAAAGGAAAUGUCCAUCUCAAGGCAAUUCGGCAUGGCAAAGCUCUCAUGCGUAUUUCACUAAGUGAAGCUCCACAAAAAUCAGAUUUCAUGCUUAUUAGAACUGGUGCCCAUAUCAAUCCUCAAAACCCAGUCCUUCACAUUGGAAGUCCUCUCAACUUUAGCUUAAAAGGUUUAGAGGAUAAUGUUUCUGGACAGUGGUUUACCUCAAAUAGAAGUGUAAUGUCCGUGGACAAGCAAUCUGGAAUGGCUGAAGCACUUGGGCAAGGUUCAGCACAAGUGUCUUUCCUAAGUGCAACUUUGAAACUGCAAACCACAGUUAGAGUUUUGAAAGGAGAUAUUGUUUCUGUGGAUGCUCCAAAAGAAAUGUUAACUAAUGUACCUUACCCUACAAAAGGAUACAAUUUCUCUGUGAAGCUCAGCAGGGACACCUACAGUAAAAACUUUGGAGCAUCAAGAGCAAAUCAUGGAGUUUCAUUUGAUUGUAGAGUAGAUCCACCAUUUGUUGGGUACACGAAACCAUGGUUGGAUUUGGAUACUGGUAACUCCUAUUGCUUAUUUUUCCCUUACACCCCAGAGCAUUUGGUGCGCUUAGUAACCAGGUCAGAAGGCAUGAGGCCAGACAUAUCUCUCUCCAUCUAUGCUUCUCUUAAAGGAGCCAAUCAUGCUUCAGGAUCUGCAUCAGCACUUUUUGUUGGAGGAUUUUCUAUAAUGGAGAUGAGCAAGAGUUCGAUGCAGCUGAAUCUGACACCGGACUGUAACAAAGCUAGCAUGACCAUCUUGGGAAAUACUGAUGUUGAAAUUCAGUGGCGUCACACGGAUUUAAUUAUGAUCAAUCUCAUCCGUAAAGAAGAUUUUGGUAUUGGAGGGUCUGCACAGUAUGAGAUCGAACUGCUGAAUGCCAAAAAAUUUGAAGACAAAAUCUCCAUUACACUCCCAGCUACUGAGAGUGAGAUAGACGUGAAUUAUGAACCUGUAGAAAAAGCGCCAUCCAUGACACUUAUUGAUGUAGCCAGCUGGGUAAUCAUGCUUGGGAUUGGUUCUACUGCUAGUGUACUGGGUAUUAAAGGACACGCCAAGGAGGUCACAGCAACCAGGGGUACUGCUACCUCGAGCAGUUUAGCUCCGAGCACUCCUGAUCGAAGCAGCCUUACUGUUGUAAAUGACAAGUCCCCCACGGACACCUCAACCUUUUGUGGACUAUGUCAGGAGAACUAUUGAUGA